CACCACCCCCUGCAUCCCUGCAGCUACCAUUCCACCCACGACACAACCCAACUUCUUCACAAUACUCCAUACAAACUUCGUGAGAUGCGCUCCCUCCCCAUCCCGACAUCCCGAUCCGGCUUAGCGGCAGAACACCCCCCCCAACUUCCCCCCUGCCCCGCCACGUGACCUCAAAAUCUGGCCCCGCGCGAACAAAUCCUCAAUUUCCCCAACACCAACAACACCAUUCAUUCCCAUUCCCAUUCCCAACUACGUCCCUCCACAUUCCACACCUCCUGAGGCAUACUGGUCCCCCCGCCCCGACAAUGGCGCGCAUCCCACUCGCCCCGCUCUCCGACCUCACCCAAGCCCGCUACGUCAUCCACCUCUCCGACGGGAAACGCCUGGUCCUGUUCCGCUUACCCACCAUCGAGCCGGCGAAGAACGGUACCCAAACGCAGAACGAGACCCCGACGAGCGCAAACGCAAACGGAAACGCAAACGCAAAGACACACACAAACACAAAGCCCAGCAAAGCGCGCAACGACGCAAAUGGCUGGUCCUACUACGCGAUGGAAGCGGAGUGUCCGCACGCCGGCGGCCCGAUGCAGGAUUCCGCGAUCGAUAUCGAGGACUCGGCGUAUGUGGUGUCUUGUCCGUGGCACGCGUACGACUUUAAUGUGGAGACGGGGGAGUCGAGUGUGGGGAUAAAGGCUUGUACGUUUCCGGUGGAUGUUACUGCGGAGGGAGAGGGAGAGACGCGGAUGGUGGCGGUGGAGUAUGUUUCCGAGAGGGAGGGAUGGGAUGAGGGGGUGGGGCUGGUGAAGUUGGAGGCGGUUAGUGAGACGAUGAAGUUGAAGAAGGGGUCUACUAUUUCCACCACGGCCAAAACGAAUCCAAAUCCGAAGACCGGGGAAAUGGGGGUGGGGGAGGAUGACGGUCCGGUGCGGUAUCUGGACGACAACGCGACGGUGUGUGAAUGGUGCGCGCAUAUCCUGAACACGUCUCACCCGGAACACAAGAUCGAGUUGACGGCGCAUCUGUUCAAGAUAUUUACGGAGCGGGAGGGGACGACAUCGGCGAUGGUGAUUGGGGAUCGGAGCAGCGUGACGCUGCCGGACCUUCCGCCGCGGGAUGGCGUCAAGGACGUGACGCGCGGGGCGGUCCCGAAGCCGGGCCGUGGAGGCACGCAGAAGAGCCGGAUCAACAUGCUGCAUGCGCUAGCGAACAUCGAGCAAUGGGCCAUCGACCUCGCGGUGGAUAUCUGCGUGCGGUUCGCGCAGUUCCAGACAACCGAGACACAGCCCCAGGGCCUACCGCGGGCGUUUUUCCACGACUGGCUGAAAGUCGCCAACGACGAAGCGAAGCACUUCUCGCUCCUGCGCACGCGGCUCGAGGAGCUGGGCUCGUAUUUCGGCGCUCUCCCCGUUCACCACGGACUGUGGGAGGCCGCGACCUCGACGGCGCAUGAUCUCCGCGCGAGGAUUAGUAUCAUUGCGUUGGUGCAUGAGGCGCGCGGGCUGGAUGUCAAUCCGGUGACGAUUGAUAAGUUCCGCAAGGCCGGGGAUGGGGAGAGCGUGGAUACGCUCGAGAUUAUCCAUAAUGAUGAGAUCACGCAUGUCACCACGGGACAUCGCUGGUUGACUUGGAUUUGUGGCCAGGAGGACACCGAUCCGGUGCAGGUGUUCCGCGGCAAUGUGCAGAAGUAUUAUCGUGGCCCGCUGAGGGAGCCCUUUAAUGAGGAGGCGAGGCUGCAGGCCGGCCUGGAUCGCAGCUAUUAUGAAGACUUGGUCGGGUAUCAGCCGUAUCAAUCCGCUCCGGCGCCGGCUUGAUUGGGCUGGGUUUGGAUCAAAUGAUCAUUCGUACAUUUCAUAAUCGACGCUUCGGAUGCGCUUGAUCUAUAGAGUGCGUUGGUGGGUCGGAUAUCAAGAUUUACGGACCCGCAGCUUGAUGUGCUGGAAAAGCCCGCCGACUGCAACCUGCAUAAGGCUCAUAGAGAGGCAUCAUCUAGCUCCCGAUCGACUCCGCCAUAACAGCAAACACUACGGCCAGAGCCCCGCGAUCUACCCAACAGAACAACAUCCAGGACUC